UAAAGCCCCGCUGGCAGCCCCGGGACCCGGCAGGGAGGGCAGGCGGUGGGGUGGGGCGCGUCCCCUGGUGACAGCAGCGCCCGGGAAUGCGCCAGCUGGGAGGGUCUCUCCGCCCCCCGCGCGCGGCCCCCGGGGCUGAGCUUCUCCCCAGUGCGCUGGGGCCCUGCGCUGGGGGUGGCCGGGACCUGGAUCGGGGAACCCCCGAUAGGAGCCCAGGCGCACGGAAGUCCCCCUCCACAAGCAGGACGACCCCCCCGCGGGAGGGGUGAGGGGUAGGACCAGGAGAGGGAGCUGUGACCGGGGACGGGGACCCCGGCAGGACGCAAUCCGGGCUUCGGUGGUGUAGGGGCAGCGCCUGGGACUCCCAGACCCAGAGCGGGGUGACCUCGGUUCGUGCACAUUCCCGGGCCCUGAGCGCGGCGCCCGGAAUAGCAGCCCCAGGGCAGAGGGGGGCAGUCAGUCCCCGCGCCGCGCCCCCGCCCGAGACUGCCAAGGUCACCGGGACCCGGGCGCCCGACACUAGCCCGCGGCUCCGGGGCCCCUGCGCUUCGGCAGUCCCCUGCCGCAGAUCCGCGCCUGCCGCGCGAGGGCGCCAGGGGCCGCCGCCCCUCCUGACCCGGGCCUGGGCGCGCCUGCGGAGGCCGCGGUGGGAGGGGCCGCCCCAGUCUCGCACCCGCCCGGCACCUCGGGCCCCGCCGCUUCCGCUCGCCCUGGGGCCGCUCAGGGAGCCGGGACGCGCUGCCUGGGCUCCGCGCAGUCGGCCGGGGUCACGAGGAGGGUGUGGAUGGCAAGUGACUUCAUCCCUGCCCGACGGAUGGAGAAACUAAGGCCCAGAGAGGCAGUCAGCCUCCUCCCCUUUCCUGCCCCAGCCUCAGCAGUGGCCCCUCCCUCCACGGGCCGCCCCGGCGCUCAGUCCCACCCCCUCUGCUGAUGAGGCCAUGAGGCACCGACUGGCCCCGGGCCAGCUCACCCCUCCCUGUCCCAUCCCCAAUCCGGGGGACUCUCUGCUAUCUGGAAGCUGAGGGAGCCCUGGGGCCGCAGUGCAGCUGGGGGCCUCUUCCGGGGACCCAACUCCUGAUCCAGCCCCUGCCGGCCGCACCUGCUGCAGAGUGUCACAGAAUCAUGGACUGAAUCCAUUCGGCCCCCACUGCACAGAUGGGGAAACUGAGGCCUGGGAGAGUGGAGUGGCUGGCCUCAGGCCACACGGAAAGGCCCUGCCUCUUCCAGAACCUCCUGCUCCUCCUGUGGGCCCUGCUGAACUGCGGUUUGGGGGUCAGUGCUCAGGGUCCGGGUGAGUGGACCCCGUGGGUGUCCUGGACCCGCUGCUCCAGCUCCUGCGGGCGUGGCGUCUCCGUGCGCAGCCGGCGCUGCCUCCGGCUUCCUGGGGAAGACCCGUGCUGGGGAGACUCCCAUGAGUACCGCCUCUGCCAGUUGCCAGACUGCCCCCCAGGAGCUGUGCCCUUCCGAGACCUACAGUGUGCCCUGUACAAUGGCCGCCCUGUCCUGGGCACCCAGAAGACCUACCAGUGGGUGCCCUUCCAUGGGGCGCCCAACCAGUGUGACCUCAACUGCCUGGCCGAGGGGCACGCCUUCUACCACAGCUUCGGCCGCGUCCUGGAUGGCACCGCCUGCAGUCCGGGUGCCCAGGGCGUCUGCGUGGCUGGACGCUGCCUUAGCCCCGGCUGUGAUGGGUUGCUAGGCUCAGGUGCCCUAGAGGACCGCUGCGGCCGCUGUGGAGGCGCCAACGACUCGUGCCUUUUCGUGCAGCGCGUGUUUCGUGACGCCGGUGCCUUCGCUGGGUACUGGAACGUGACCCUGAUCCCCGAGGGCGCUAGACACAUCCGCGUGGCACACCGGAGCCGCAACCACCUGGCGCUGAUAGGGGGCGAUGGGCGCUACGUGCUUAACGGGGACUGGGCGGUCAGCCCGCCGGGGACCUACGAGGCGGCCGGCACCCAUGUGGUCUACACCCGUGACGCAGGGCCCCAGGAGACAUUGCAAGCAGCCGGGCCCACCUCUCAUAACCUGCUCCUACAGGUCCUCCUGCAGGAGCCCAACCCCGGCAUCGAGUUUGAGUUCUGGCUCCCUCAGGAGCGCUACAGCCCCUUCCAGGCUCGGGUGCAGGCCCUGGGCUGGCCCCUGCGGCAGCCGCAGCCCCGGGAGGUGGAGCCUCAGCCCCCCGCAGCCCCUGCUGUCAUCCCUGCACGGACCCCAACCCUGGCCCCAGACCCCUGCCCACCCUGCCCUGACACCCGAGGCCGCGCCCACCGACUGCUCCACUAUUGCGGCAGUGACUUUGUGUUCCAGGCCCGAGUGCUGGGCCGCCACCGCCAGGCCCAGGAGACCCGCUACGAGGUACGCAUACAGCUCGUCUACAAGAACCGCUCGCCACUGCGGGCCCGCGAGUACGUGUGGGCGCCAGGCCACUGCCCCUGCCCGAUGCUGGCACCCCACCGGGACUACCUGCUGGCUGUCCAGCGCCUUGUGAGCCCCAACGGCACACAGGACCGGCUGCUGCUGCCCCAUGCCGGCUACGCCCGGCCCUGGAGCCCCGCGGAGGACAGCCGCGUACGCCUGACUGCCCGACGCUGUCCUAUCUGAGCCCCCGAAGGAGCCCUGGCCACACACAGCAAGAAAGAUACAUCUGACCAGUCUCAACGUCAGCGUAUUUCCCCUCUCACCCUGGCUUCCAGGCAGCUCUGACAUAUGUCCCACCUGUGCAGCUAUGUGACUCCCUCCCGCACACACUUAGACACCUCUGCAUGCAGUUGGAGUCACUGUCACAAGCCGGCAGGCACUGGUGAGGAGACACUGAAGAGACUCUGACUUGUAUUUCGCUUCUCUCCUUGGCUGCCAGGAAGCUCCUAGCUAUUUAUACUCAGAAAGUUUAACUCUGCUUUCAUUCUCUUUGCGUCACACUCACUUUGAGACACUGUCAUGAACGAGCAUGACACCCUGCUGCCCUGGGUACGCGGAAACUCAUCUGUUUAAUUCCCAGACACUGUGCUGUCUCUCCUCUCUGCUACUCACACUCACCCUCGUGUGUCAAGAGCAGAGACACUGUCACAAACAGGCAUGCCCCUUAGAAGACAUGCCUAACCAGGCACUGUAACGUACCAAUUUCCCCUUUUCCCCUGGCUACUGGGAAACUCAGAGACAAUCUUUCCAGCCUCAGCAUCUCUGGCUGGAUUUCUGCCCAUCAAUAUGCUCACCCCUCCCCUCCUCUUUUUUUUUUUUUUUUUUUUGUUUGAGACACAGCCUUGUUUUGUCACCUAGACUGAAGUGCAGUGGUGCAAUCAUUGCUCACUGCAGCCUCGAAUUCCUGGGCUCAAGCGAUCCUCCCACCUCAGCCUCCACAGCAGCUGGAGCUACAGGUGUGAAUCACCAUGCCCGGCUACCUUUUAAAUUUUUUGUAGAGAGGGGGUCUUGCUAUGUUGCCCACACUGUUCUCCAACUACUGGCUUCAAAUGAUCCUCCUGCCUCAGCCUCCCAAAGCACUGGAAUUUCAGGCAUGCACUAUCAUACUGGCUGUUCACCCCCCUUUUAUUCCUCUUUAAUUUUUACAAGCACUUUUUAAAAAAAUUACUUUAAGUUCUGGGAUA